AUGCUCGACGAACUCACCGGAUCUAUUUGCAUUGAUUUGACAUACGAGCAAAGAUUAUACGGAUUUGCCUGUUGCGCUGGCAUGGGUCUCAUUUGCUCGUUCCUCUCGUCCUUGUUGUGGAUGCAACCGAUGAAGUUCGCGUUGUUGUAUUCCAUCGGGAACAUUUUAUCGUUAGGUUCGACUGGAUUUUUAACCGGGUUUGCCCGACAGGCGAAGAAUAUGUUCAAAGCCACGCGUUUGGUGGCAACUUUGAUGUACCUCGGGUGUUUAAUCAUGACCAUCGUGUCGGCGUGCGUGUUGAAAUCGUUUCCGUUGACGAUGGUUUUUUUGAUUUUGCAAUCCUUGGCGUUGGUUUGGUAUUGUUUGAGUUACAUCCCGGGUGGUAGGAGCGUGUUGAAGUCGUGCUUUGGGAUUAGCAACUUUUAA